AUGGGGAGGAGGAAUUACAGGAACUAUAUUUUGGGAACAGCAAUUCUCAUUUCGUUUUAUUACUUUUACUUAUUUUUCAAUACUACCAAAAGCUCGGCCUCGAAAACUGAUUAUAAUUUACCAAAAUUUCAACUCUUGCGUGAACUAGAAUCGCAUACAGAUUGGAGAACUCGAGGUCUCAAUUUUCAACCAAAAUAUACGUCUCCAGCAAGCCUUGAAAGUCAGGUGCAGCAACAGCUUGCUCUGGCGUAUCCAUACGACCGCGAAUCUGCGUUUCCCAAGUUAAUUUGGCAAACGUGGAAGAUUGGGCUCGAUGAUCCUAGUUUCCCCAAGCGGUAUGUUAAUUACCAAGAGACAUGGAACGAUAAAAAUCCUGAGUAUAAACACUAUGUUGUUCCCGAUGAGCAAUGUGACUUACUUAUCGAGGAGCUCUACUCUACUGUGCCGGAGGUUGCAGAGGCAUACAAGUUAUUACCGAAAUCCAUCAUGAAAGCAGAUUUUUUUAGGUACUUGAUUCUUUUCGCACGUGGAGGGGUAUAUACCGAUAUCGAUACUGUUGGUUUGAAACCGGUGGAUUCUUGGAUCAGUAAUGCUGUUGAAACUCCAAAAUAUUUGGAUAGUGCAAAUACUGCGGGCUUUGUUGUUGGAAUAGAGGCUGAUCCAGAUAGACCCGAUUGGAAUGACUGGUACGCGAGAAGAAUACAGUUUUGUCAAUGGACAAUCCAAUCUAAGCGUGGACAUCCAUUGUUAUUGCAUCUCAUUUCAAAGAUUACCGAGUUGACCUUGACAAGAAGAGAUAAAUCACAAUUGAACAAAGUUUUGGGUAAGGAUCAAGGUGGUGAUAUUAUGGAUUGGACUGGACCUGGAGUAUUCACCGAUGCUGUAUUUGAAUAUGUGAAUAGGUUGAUGCAAAAAGGUGGAGACACAACAAAGAAUGUGAUUCUGAAGAAAAAGUCAAAAAGUAAGAAGAGAGAAAUGAUUGAGAAGAUUGUGGACUGGAAAUUAUUUACAGGAAUGGAGCAGCCUAUCUUGAUAGAUGAUGUGAUGGUAUUACCGAUAACUAGUUUUAGUCCUGAUGUCAAUCAAAUGGGCGCCAAAAGUUCUGGCGACCCAAUGGCCUAUGCUAAACAUAUGUUCCUGGGAAGUUGGAAAGACGAUCAAGUGGCAAAUUGA